AUGGCAGGGUCUUCGCGGGCCCAGCAAUCGGCACCCGCCACUGGUGGAAUACGACACAUGCGUUGGACAAUCUCGAUGAAUAGCAACGCAUUGCGGGUGUAUUAUAGGGCGAAAGGGGGAGAAAUUGGAGGUUUUGCGUACCGGGCAAGGAUGCAUCGACUUUUUGCUGAACUGGAGCCAUCUGUAACCAUCACCGAGCAAAACCUUGCAGACCGACUUCGGUAUAUCUUGCGCUCAAAUAUAUUUGAUGGCGCCGAACUCGAACGCCUACGACGUGAGGAUGUUCACUCAUCAAAUGAAAAUGCUACGGCUGAGGAUGCAGUGCCACAAGUUGCAGAACAACCCGCACACGUGGAUACCGCCGUGAAUACCCCAGUGGUGGCUGAUUCAAAUGAUGAUGGAACAUUCGCCCAGGAACUAGAAAUAGAGCAAAUGAGGAGUACAUUGGAAGAGACGAUUGUGGAAGCGCGCAGUAUGCCUCGAAAGGAUCCCGGCAAGCUAAAUCGGGCUGUCAUGAGGGCUCUGAACCCAAUGCUGGUGACCUAUUCGGAAGCCAGCCGGGACCUUUGCGAUACGGACUCAAUUCCUUAUGGCGCCGCGCUGGUAGUCUGUCGUAUUAUAGGCGCCAAGGUUUCCACGGCUGGACGCGCUACUGGUUAA